AUGUCGACAUUAACCGCCACUGCUACUUUUCCUUCUCACACCCAACAACACCAACAACAACAACACCGUUCCUCUUCCUCACCACUUCGCCUGACCCUCCAGAAGAAGAAGAUGAGCAUCACUCAGACCUACUACCUCGCCCACAAGGCCCGCGCCAAGCUCUCUUCGGAGGCUGGCCGCGCCGACCACGACCUCCGCCUCCUCGUCGGCCACGCCAACCUCCUCGACUCGCUGAUGCUCGAGCUCGCCGACGCCGAGCGUGAACAAGAAAGCUGGUUCAACCAAUCCGUCCGCGGUGCCACCAAGAGCGAGGACCGCCACGUGCAAUGGGCCGACUCCGUCAUUGAGGAGCCCGAGGAAGACUGGCACGCCGACGACGCAUCCGACUCGGAUGACUCCGUGUCCGACUCGUCGGACGACGACUACGAUGAUGAAGACAUGGAGAUGGCCGAGACCGUCUCCCUCCGCCGCAUGCCCUCCGCCGCCGCCGUCCCCGCAUCACCGAGGACUUUGGCCGUCGAGGUUUCGGAAGACUAUGAUAUGGAGGACGACCUUGAGGAGGACUACGCACAGCUCGAGCUCGUCCGCACACCAUCCCACUCCAGCAGCAGCUCACCACCAGAGCUCGAGCAUGAUUCGGACAUCUCAGAUGACGAGUCGAUGCCCCCAUCACCGCCAAACGCCGUUCUCACCUUCUCCGAGAAGGAAGCCAAAGAAGAGGCUUCGCAACAACAACAAACCGAAGACGGCUCCUUCUACUCAGAAGGCUACUACCUGCCGGCCCGGAACCCAGCAAGGCUCGUGUCUGCCAUCUCAGUGUACUAA